UAACACAGGCAUCCCUUAUAAUCCACAAGGACAAGCCAUUGUGGAAAGAGCACAUCAAACGUUAAAAACCCAAAUUCAAAAACUAAAAGAAGGGGAGUUUAAAUAUAGUUCUCCCCAUCACCUCUUGCAACAUGCUCUUUUUGUAAUAAAUAUUUUAAAUACUGAUUCAGCUGGAAUGACUGCAAUGCUUCGCCAUUGGUGCCCAGAGCAACUGAAUGCAAAACCAUUAGUUAAAUGGAAGGACCUCCUUUCCGGACAAUGGAAACGUCCCGACCCAUUGUUAACCAGCGGUCGAGGAUAUGCUUGUAUUUUUCCACAGGACGCAGAUUCUCCAAUUUGGGUUCCAGAUAGAUUAAUUCGCCAUGUCUCAGCCUCUCGGAUACCGGGUUUCACGGCCGCCGCGACCCCGAAAGAGGAAAGGGCCUCCUCUGCCUUCGCUCCCCACGCCAGCACGGGAAACACCACUGACAUCGGAGCAACUGACAUCAGGGAUCCCGGAUGAGCAGGGAACGGAUCCGCCCACCAAACAGAUGUCUCAACUUCACAUACAGGAUAUCGCUCCCCCCGAUCCUUUGUCUCACAAGAGGGGGUCAGGCCGCCUGACUCAGGCGACCCGGAAUGCCUCCAUACCUACUUGGGGACAAAUAAAAACACUCUGCCAUCAGGCACGGGGAAUAACCUCUUUGCAGGGCUCUCCAACCUCCCCUGAGAAGAUGUUUAUUGCUAUGCUUGCCUUAUUAUCUUGCCAGGUAAGCGCCUCCUCCCCUGCUCCUGAAAAGUAUUGGGCCUACUUCCCAGAUCCUCCAACCUUUCAAGUUGUUACCUGGAACAAUGACCCCCUACGGGUCCACACAAACCAGCCUCAGUUACUGGGAGGGUCAUAUACUUCUUAUACCACAGACGAAUAUCCUAUUAAUUUCAAUUUUACCUUCAGGGGAUUAGCAGACGACCUUCCUGUUUGCUUUAACUUUCCCAGUGAUAUAGAAAGCUUUAUUAUUCCCCCUAAAGAAGGAUGUGUCGGAGCCUCUAAAAAGGCAGUUCUGACUCAUUCUCCAGCCUCAGGUAUUGAACAUAGAGGGCGUCUAGCGCUUUGGGUCUUACAGGCUCAUAUGCCCGGGGCCCUUGAUCCCCACGAAUUUAUAUUCCGUAGACCCCCUCCUGGAUAUCCAAGUUGUUAUAAUACUGAGCCUUCAGAUGCCGUAUGGAACACCAUAGAUGAUCGUACAGGGUAUCCAAUUUGGAAAUCUUGUACUUAUCAUUUAAGAGCUGAUUAUAGAAUACCGGGAAGAGGGAAUUACAUGAUUCAAGACUGGAGUAACUCAGACCUAGGUAGGAGCCCAUUGCCCCUUGAUGACUUUCCCAGCAGAUUUUAUAAUUGGAAGAAAGAUUUUUCCUGGCCAUUAAGCAUUACUAGAUGGCAUAAUAAUCGAUUUGUGUCACCCAUAUUGUCUUAUACUACUAAGAACAGAACUUCUUGGCAGCCAGAAAUCUGGAGGGCCCUUGCUGCCACUGCUCCCAUUUCCUUAUUCCGUCCAAAUAGCAAUUCUACUUAUUCUGUUUUAGCUUGUGUACCCUCACCUUAUGUUUUUCUCUUUACUAAUGACUCCAAAAGAUUAAAUGUACACAUGAAUUAUUCAGGUGGACCUAAUAUAGUAACUUGUGAACAAUGUAUGCUUUCAUCUUGUUUGACCCCCCAAUAUAAUGUUUGUUCUUUUGUUGUGUUGAAACGCCCACCCUAUCUCAUGAUACCUGUGUCUGUGCAUUCUUAUUGGUAUGAUAAUUACGGUUUGGCUGUAUUACAACAACUGCAGGAUUUAAUGCGAACCCGACGGUUUGUGGGCUUACUUAUCUUGGGAAUAGCAGCUUUGAUAAGUGCAAUCACUUCUGUUACUGUGACAGCAAUAUCAUUGACUCAACAAGUACAUACUGCUCAAUAUGUUGAUUCUAUGUCCAAAAAUGUUUCUUUAGCAUUGGCAACACAGGAAGCUAUAGACAGGAAAUUAGAAAUGAGGGUAGACGCCCUAGAGGAAGCAGUAAUACAUAUUGGGACUGAAUUGCAGGCUUUAAAGGUGAAAAUGGCAUUGUCCUGUCAUGCUGACUAUCGGUGGAUAUGUGUAACACCCCUGAAAGUAAAUGAGACAGAUUUUGAAUGGGAAAAGAUUAAAAACCAUAUUUCAGGUAUCUGGAACAGCUCUGACAUUGGUCUAGACUUAGGGAAACUUCACAAUCAAAUAGCAACCAUGGAACACUCCCGAUUAGAUUUUACUGCCGCUGGAACAGCAAAUGAUUUCUUCCAUACUUUCUCUAACUACAUUUCAGGAAAAAAUAUGCUGUCUACCUUCCUUAGCUAUGUUACGGUGGCUGUUUUAAUUCUGCUUAUCAUAAUCAUUCUUCCUUGUAUUGUCAGGAUUCUUCGGCAGAGCAUUCAGAGGCUCGCGACUGAGCUACAUCUGGCUGUUUUAAGAAAUAAAAAAGGGGGAGAUGCCGGGAGCCGGCGAGAGACAUUCCACUCGUGACAAAGGUCAUGAGGAAGGGGGCUCGGCAUACGCAAAGGCGGGAUCGAGCCUCGG